AUGACCAACGACGUCGCUACCAACGGCUCCGGCGCCGCUGCCUCCUCCUCCCCUGCCUCAUCCUUCGCCCUCAAGGCCGGCCUCGCCAAGAUGCUCAAGGGCGGCGUCAUCAUGGACGCCCUCGAGCGCGUCCCCGCCGACAUCCGCAAGGACGGCGGCGUCGCCCGCAUGUCCGACCCGGCCAUGAUCAAGGAGAUCCAGGACGCCGUCACCAUCCCCGUCAUGGCAAAGGCCCGCAUCGGCCACUUUGUCGAGUGCCAGAUCCUCGAGGCCCUCGGCGUCGACUACAUUGACGAGUCCGAGGUCCUGACGCCCGCCGACGACGAGAGCCACGUCGAGAAGAGCCCCUUCAGCGUGCCUUUUGUCUGCGGCUGCCGCAACCUCGGCGAGGCCCUGCGCCGCAUCGCCGAGGGCGCCGCCAUGAUCCGGACCAAGGGCGAGGCCGGCACCGGCGACGUCGUCGAGGCCGUCCGCCACAUGAAGACGGUCAACAGGGAGAUUGCCCAGGCCAAGGCUGCCUACGCCGAGGGCGGCAUUGUCCGUCUCCGCGAGCUCGCCCGCAAGCUCGAGGUCGACGUCGAGCUGCUGCGCCAGACCGCCGAGCUGGGCCGUCUCCCCGUGGUCAACUUCGCCGCCGGCGGUGUCGCCACCCCUGCCGACGCCGCUCUCAUGAUGCAGCUGGGCUGUGACGGCGUCUUCGUCGGCAGCGGCAUCUUCAAGUCUGGCGAUCCUUCCAAGCGCGCCAAGGCCAUCGUCCGUGCCGUCACGCACUACCGCGACGCCAAGGUCCUUGCUGAGUGCAGCACUGGCCUUGGUGAGGCCAUGGUUGGUAUCAACUGCGACUCCAUGAAGCCCGAGGAGAAGCUUGCUGGCCGCGGCUGGUAA